AAGUUGCUCCGCCCCAGCUCAGCGACGCAUCCCGGCGCUCAGCUGCAGCUCGGCAUUCACAGCUCAGCCUGUUGUGGAAACACAGCUGACCGCUGCCGCAAGCCCUGUAAGCCGACACCUGUCUGCCGCCUCACCGCCCACCAAAUGCGCCUGUUGGAGGUCCUGCGGAACUCCUCCUCGGACAAGAGGAGCAAACAGAAGCGGAGCGGAAAGCCGCCGCUCCCCGACCGCUUCGACAUGUCCAGCUUCGAGGUUUCCCUACAGCAGCUCAACGACCUGCUGACGGACGACAGCGGCUUCUACAGCUGGCCCACCAAACACUUCCACGAGGUUUACCCGCGGAUCUACAUCGGCAACGCAUUUGUGGCGACUAACGUGAUGCGCCUCAAACGCCUGGGAGUCACUCACAUCCUGAACGCAGCAGAAGGAAACUCCUACAUGCACGUCAACACCAACGCAGAGUUCUACAUGGGCUCAGGAAUCACCUACCACGGCAUCCCGGCCAACGACACCGACCACUUCGACAUCAGCGUCUACUUCGAAGAGGCGGCGGACUUUAUCAAGAAGGCCCUGGCCUACAAAAGUGGAAAAGGUAAAGUGUACGUGCAUUGCAGAGAAGGCUACAGCCGCUCGCCCACCUUGGUCGUUGCUUACCUCAUGCUUCACCAAAAAAUGGACGUCCACACCGCUCUGGCCAUGGUGCGGCAGAAACGAGAGAUUGGACCCAACGAUGGCUUCCUGCGGCAGCUCUGUCGGCUAAACCAAAGGUUGGCCGCCGAGGGGACACUGUGGAACAAAUGAGAGACGCGAGUAAACAGAAAUGUGUCGUAGGAAAAUGAAGUAUGCUCAGCUGUACUUUGUUUGCUUUCCGCUUGUUUGAAGCUUGAGUGGCCCUCAGGCCGGUGAGGGAAAGCUCAGAACAAAGUGAAACGUUUUGACCGAGGGUGAUAACAGGAAGUGUUGUAUCUACUGUAGAUUAACACAUACACGCACACACUCUGCCCUGUGUUGUGUCUUAGUUAUACUGAAAUGAACAUACCUCUGGGUCAUACACUAGCCGACUCACGUGACCCAUUCAGAUUAGGUAAAAAAAAAAAUCUCAAAUUUUUUAUCGUGGUGUGAAUUUAAAAAAAAUUCUUCCAGACUUUCUACUUUACUUCAGCUAAAUUGGAAAAUUCACCUAUUCAUUUAUGAAGAGUUCUAAUGACGACAAAACUAAAAUAAUAUAUGUGUACUGUCAAUAACUCAAAGUUAGGUUAGGUGAGUUUGCAUGAAAUGACCAUUUAUCAUAAACAUUGCUUAUAACUUGUUUAACGUAGAACGGGUUAACUAUUGUUACAUAUUCUCUAAAUAACAGAUUUAUUACAGUUCAGUAGUUCUUUAUCAUGUUCUGUAUGGUUUGUUGUGUUUUCUUGAUGAUUAUCAGUUUAGUUAAUAGGCAUAUAAUACAGUUAUUAUAAGUAGUGAGACUUUAGAUAGAGUUACUGUCCCAUCCAGUCUAAUUUGUCCUCCACCCUUCUAGCCAUGGGCCCCUCAUGUUGGCCCCUGUCCUGCUAACACUGCCUACUGUCUCAGUCACAGCCCCUCCCACUGUGAUUUGUAAUGUGGAAAACUACAGGAUUUUAUUACAGUAUUUUUGUCUAAUGUCUCUUCUGGACUCUUUGAACAGUAUUGCACUCACGUUUAGAAAUCUGCCUCAGACGUAUUUCUGAAUUAUUUCUUGUGGUUUCUGUGCUUUACAAAGAAUUUAUCACUUUUACACAGAAAACAAAACAGAAUUUAUAUUGAUGAAGAGAAUGUAAAACAAACAAUAUUGUUUUGAGUUAUAGAAUUAGAUGAACGCUGAAAUUGGCCUGGUAACCAUGACAAUAGUCAUUUUAAGCUCAACUGCAUUCACGGACAAAAAUAUAAUAUUGAAUAAGUAUAAAAUUGUCAUGGACAAGGAAAUAUGUAUGGGGAGAGAAAAAUUAGUAAAUCGUAGCUUUUUGAUGUUGGUCUGGCCAUGAAACAAAAAAUCCUUAAAUUCUUUGCUUAAGAACACGUGCUUUUUAUAAAAUACAAAUUAAUUAGAUUAUUACUAUAGUAAAUGAAAAAAAAUAUAACAUUGGUGCACAAAAGACACACAAAGAAUAAAAAAAUGAGUUUAAGCCAUUUUUAUACAAAGAAUCUAGUAGACAAUGCCUUUUAGCUUAGCAUAAACUCUGCAUUUUGUAGUUUGCGAUAAGCCAACAAGCCUAAAACCAAUGAAGUGUUUAAUGGUGACAUUAAACACAGAGUUUAAUGUUGUAAAUAUCACUCUCCAAAAACAACAAAAUUAUCCUAAUUGUGUAAUUAGGGUUAUUAAUAGCUAAAUAAUUCGAAUAAAGAAAUGACUUUUAGCUUAGCGUAAGUACUGCGUUGUUGUGUUUGGGUAAUUAGCCUAAGUAGCCUAAAACCAGCUUUGUGUUUGGUGUGAAAAGAUGAGAAGUGUAGCAAUUUAUUCCUCUAGCUCUAAAAUUUCUGUAAAUAUGUAAGUACUGUGUAUCAGAUUAGUUCUUAAUUAAGCUGUUGUAGCUUAGCUUGAACAUUAGGUUUUAGAGUCUGUGUUAAGCUAACUAGCCUAAAGGCAACUUUGUUUUUUGUGCUUUUGUGCUUACGCAUAAGAGAGGUAGCUUUAAAAGCCAGUAUUUCUAAUAAUAUUAACAUAGUUAACUGUUCACUAAUUUGCCAACUACUAAGUAAAAUGUCAGUUAAACACCUGCAAUAAGAAAAGGAUUCCCAUACAGCAGUGCAGCUCUACUUCGAAUGUAACAUCACUGCUGCCAGAAUGUCAGAAAGUCAAACUGCAACUUUUUAACUUUUGCAUAGUAGAGUGUUUACAUGUUUGUAUUUUUGACAUUUUAAAUGCAGUUUUAUAUUGUUAAGUUGCAUGCGUUGUGAUAUUUGUCAGCCAAAGUGUUGCUUACAGUCCUUAAUGGACACACUUGUGUCUCUGUGUGUUAAUGUGCAUUACUGAGUGUGCAUUAUUUGUCACAGUGAGCACACUGUGACAAAUAAUGUCACUAUUGUCACUAAUGUCACUCUAUUGUGCCUAUAUCUUGUGAAUCAUGAUGUACUUUACUGCUGCUGUAGCCUAAUUGGUCAAAUCAGAAGACUUAGAUUUUGACUCAGCUUUGAUGAAGUUCACUUUAUCUGAUGACACUUGGGAUUGUGAUUGUUCUCUUUUCAAACAUAAAAUAAUAAUUUAAAAAAUACAGU